UCCGAUGACGUAAUUUGUAUGUUUAUCUUCGUGUCGUUAUUGUCUAUCGAUUGUACUGUGCAUUUUGACCUGAUAACAAUGCAUUUUUAUCUUCCAUUUUACAAUACAUAUUCAUCUAAUUGAAAGUGAUGACUACAAUUGACUGGAGACAAUGAGGAUGACUGCAUAACACAAUAUACGGAUAUCGCCACCGUUCAACAGGGUACCUCUGAUAUAUGAUAUGGAAACCCAAGGAGACGGGAAAAGUGGAAGGAGAGGAAAAAGAGGUGGAAGGGGUAGAAAAGGAAAACAGGUGACUUCGUCUGCUUGUCUGGAGACCCAAAGUACAAAGCAGUAGGAAAGUAAACUCAAAAGGUAACAGCAGUAUUGUUAAUGAUGGGACUAAUGCAGGAAUCAGUCAACGGGGACAGAGAAGACAAACUAGUGAAAAAUCACAGCCACGAGGUACUGACGAAGAAUCACAAUUCAGUACCAAGUCAAAUACGGCCAGCAGAGAACCUGCUUCGAUACCUGUAGGAAGAGUACCGUCAGCACAAAGUUCAUCACGUCCCAACACUGGCAAUAGCGGCAAGGCAGUAGAUCUUUUACAGCAAAGCAGACCUGCAGAAAGGACAAAACAACAGAAGCUGCCUUUGAGUUCAUCGGACGAGUUCCUGAGUGAAAUUGUUUGUCAAUUAGUAGCUAAUGGUGGCUCCUUACCAGUCAAGUCGUUUCGAAAAUCACAUGGACACCUUUACGAUAGUAUGUUCAAACUUUCUCCCGACAAAACUGUUCGUGGAUUUGUACAAAAAUAUAGUCAUGUUUUGAAAGGACGCCCUGAUACGGGCACCAUCGAUGUUUUAACAUUUACCCCUGAUUUGGAAAUUUGUAAGGCACAUGGAAGUAAUGCCGGCUCAUGUACAGUAGACUGUAGAUGUUUGCAUAUCUGUAAAUUCCAAAUGAUGAGUCAAUGUUCAAGGGGAAAAACAUGUUUCUUCGGCCACAACUUAAGAAACAAGUACAAUAGAUCCGUGUUGGAAUAUUACUUUAUGAAUAAAUUGUCUAACCAACAGAUUCGAGGAUUCUUGUGUAAGAUAAACAAUAGAAGAGGGCUUACUCUUCCUGGAAUAUGUACCUACUACAAUUCGCAAGGCUGCCGAAAGCCAGACAAAUGUCCUUUUCUUCACAUAUGCAAGCAUUACAUCCUCGGUGAUUGCCAAUUCGGCAGGAGAAAAUGCAGCCUCUCUCACGAGAUAUCUGAUAAACAACCUCAUAGUAUAUUGAGUAAAUAUAGUCUAAGCGAGACAACAUUUGAAGAACUUCAGAGAGUCUUGAAGGCAGAACUGCAAGAUACGGGGAAUUCUUUCUCUGGCGAAUAUUCCUCAUCUUCAGAUGAACACUAUUCUGGGAAUUGUCAUAUAAAUGACAAUGGAAAGGCCACCUCAGAUUCGCACUCUAGUUACGACCAGUUUUGUCGCAAGUGGGGAAGGUCUGAUCGCACUAACCAAACAGGGGGCGCUUCUAACUCUUCAUAUGAUGAUCAGAAUUCGGACGUAUCAUCAAUUGAGCCAGCAGAUGUGGAGGAACUCUUGGAAAAUGAAAGUGAUGUUCGGGAUGAUAUGAAAACUGUUAACAAUGGGCUUCGUUGCCUUCCUGCAUGGAGCUCGGACUCUGAAUCUCGUCAUCUGCCGCUUGAAGGCGGACAGCAACCCAAAGUGUCAAGUAGCGAACAUGUUGAAUUAAUGUCUCCACCGAUAACAUCAAGUACUGAGGAUGGAGACAUAGAUUCACGAGUGACUCGCAGUCUGCCUAGUUCUAACCCUCGCUGGCAGGUUUCGACAGCGACAGACAGGAAGACAAUUGAACUGGGGGCCAGUGAUCGCCAGGAGUUAGAGUUUCUAUACCAUACCUACCUCCGAGCAAGAGAGUGCACCGUGUCAUUGAAUGGGAAAAACAUGACGAUCAACUUUGAGAAAAUGUCCGGAAGUAUAAAAACGGAAGAGGGCGUGGACCAAUUGGAUAUCAAAAGGAAUCUUGCUGGCUAAAAGUGAUUGCUAAAUCUGACAUCUGACUUUUAGUCUUCAAAAUUUCAAAACUGAGAGUUGAGUAGUGGUGGCAGUCGUGGACAUUUCUUUGCUAAAAUGACGGUGUCGGCAGAUUUUGAAUACAAAGUUCGGCAGAGUAUGAUACUGGUAUUGCCUUCCGUCAUCGUUAAAUGUUGUUUUAUUUAAUGUUGUUUACUUAAUUAGCAUAUAAUUUUAUUUUAUAACUUCCAUCAUUUAGAAUAUUUUUUUAAAUUCAGUUUUUCUUCCGUACGGAAUCAGCAAUGCUUUGGCUGUUUGAAAUAUUCCUGUUUUCUAUGUGUUAAUAUGUCUAAAACGAAAGAAAAAAAAACAAAAACAAAAACAAAAACAAAAAAAAAACAAAAAAAACAAAAAGAAAAAAAGCAGGGUUUACUCCUCUUUUGCGACGAAAACAACCUAUUGUGUGGAAUGUGGAUCAUCAAUAUAUUGUUGGAAUUUUUUGUGAUAUUAUCGUAAGUUUCUAAAAAAAAGGCAAUGCUCAAUUAGGGAGAGAGUUGUGUAGGGUUAUAAUGCCGUCAUAUCACCCGGGCUAUGACAUCUCAAAAAUGCUCAGGUUGGGGAAAAUCGGCCAGUAUGGGGACCGUUCGGUUAGAUGAAUAUGUGUGUCAAUAUUGUGGUUGACAGCGACGUUCCCUCAAACCCCUGCAGCAUGAGGACGGAUAUUUUCAUCAUGAUCAGUAAAUUGACGUUGCUGUGAAAUGAGGACUCUCAUCUCAAUAUCAAAAUGAUGUUAAGUUCCCUUGCACAACAGUUCAUUACGUUUUUAUUGCCAUAUACUCGUUCAGAGAACUAUCCCGGACCCGACCCCAUAUAUCUGUCGAGAACACAUGCAUCAUCAUUGCGCUUCUUAUGGUUACAGUUAAUAGCACAGAAGCAGUCUGUGAGUGAAGAGAUUCGGAGCUCAUCUUUAACAAAAUGUCUGUCCAUACUGCCUCAAGUGGAAUCGCCCGGGAGAUAUGUCCAAUUAAGAUAUCCGAAGAAUGUCACGUGUUAGGGGGACGAUAGACACUUAGAACCUCUCUUUUCUGAUUAAUAUUGUGAGUUUAGCUACAUAUACAUGUAGUAUAUCAGGCGGUUUCAGUUCCAGUGGGUUUGUAAUAUUUCAAGUGCAUUUUCUUAUCGAAACUUCCCGAAAUGAUGCAUGCAUGGACACCAGGAUCACGACCAGUCUGAUUUUCCUUGCCUAAAGAAUUUAGAUAAGACGUUAAAUGAUUGAAAUAUGUACCUCAAAAUGUCUAAAAAAACCAACAACAAGCAAACAAACAAACUGCAGUUGCCGUUGUCAUAGUAUGACGACAUUCUUGCCCCUCUGACCGUCUUUGAAACGCGACAAAGCCUACGGAAUACCCGUUAAUGCGCAGUAACGGAAACGGCUUGUAAACUAGUUAUAUGUCAGAGAAUAGCCCUUUUCAUUUUCAAAUUUUGUCCCUGUUUUAUCCAUUUGAGUUAGAACUACGAUUUUCUUACGAUGACGGUUUUCUCUGUUUUCUGUUUACUACACGUAACUGUGAUCAGUAUUAACCACUAUCUUCCGUGUUUCGUUUUGUAUUUUAGAAUAAAAUUGUAUACCUUAUACACUACAAUUAUCUGAUUGUUCUUUAUAAGUAUUACGAUAUUUAGUCCUUUAUUUUCAUUGUUAUUUAAAAAAAAAAAAUUCUUUAUUUCUUUUUUUUUAUGUUAUUUUUCUGUUAUUAAUAAAUGAAAUCGACCUUAAUUAUUAUAGAUCGUAUGCAAGGGAAUGAUACAUUGAAUGAUUGAAUGAUAAAAAAGUGAAAUAAAUUUGUUGAAGUGUAUUUUACUGUAUAUAGUAUCGGGUUGUGAUACAGUGAUAUCGAACUUGUCUCUCUCACCUAUACUUUGUCGACGUGGGUUCGUUUUCCCACGACCACGCGGGAUUUUCUCUUAGUAAUCUGGUUUCUUCUCUUACAAGUGAGAGACCCCAAGUACACUUCCACUCUGGUCAUCAAGAGUGAUUAUUAAUAUAUAUUAAUAUACAUAUCAGCUUUAAGUUAUAACAUUAACAGUCAAACCUAAUCAGACUGUGAAAAUCAGUAAGACUGAUGAAGCAGAGUUCAAUAAAAAAAGAAGAAAUAUU